ACCCUGCUCGCACGCGGAAGUCGCCGGGAUCAUGGCUGGUGACUUCACCUUGCUGGCUGCUGUCUCCCUCCUGUCUGCCUUCCAGCAAUGUCAUUUUGCUUGGCUGGUGGGAAGAUCAAGAAUGAAGCACAAGGUCAUGCCCCCAGCUGUCACUGGAGCUCCAGAAUUUGACAGAACAUUUCGUGCACAACAAAACUGUGUGGAGUUUUAUCCAGUAUUCCUGACUGUCCUCUGGAUCUCCGGGUGGUUUUUUAACCAAGAAAUAGCUGCAAUUCUGGGUCUGUUGUACGUGUUUGCCCGCUACAAGUACUUCCACGGUUACGUGCAGUCUGUGAAAGGAAGGUUAACAGGUUUUUAUUUGAAUUUGAUAGUUCUGACUUGCUUGGUAACCCUGGGUGCAGCUGGGAUUGUCAACAGCUUUCUGGAUGAAUACCUGAACUUCAGAAUCAUGAAGAAAUUAAGUAAAUUGUUCUGAAGACUUAAAAAAAAAAAAAGACAAGUAAAUAAUGCAGAUGGUUUCCCUGGACACAAAGAAGAAAAGUUGCAUGUGAAUAAAGUAUCACAACUCUGUACCAGCAUCGCAUUGCAGUGUAAAAUGUAUGCUUUUCCUGAGCUGUUUAUGCUUGCUUUCUUUUUGUGCUGUUGAAAAAGAGUCGUAAAGAGAGAAUGGCAUGUCACAUCUGCAUUUUCAAUUAAAUGUUCU